AUCGCCCCCACCGCAACCCCGCUGACAAAUCCCUCCGCUCCAUCCCAUGGCGCUGCUGCUGCCCCUCUUCGCCGCGGCGGUGGCUGCGGAAGCUUCGGCGCACGUGGGCUGGCGCCUGGCGAACUCCCCCUGCGCGCGGCUGCAGCAGAUGCUUGGGGACGACCUGCAGUCACUCUUUGCGGGCCUCUUCGAGGACCUGAGCUCCAUGCCGCGGCCGAAGGGCCUCAGCUCCGGCCUCGUGGCCUUGACGGCGCAGCAGCUGGUUUCCGACCUUCUGGGCUUCGGCGGAGAAGUGCAGGCGCUCUUCAGCGCCGCCUGCGCCGCAGGCGCCCCGGGGUCUUCGCCCGCGUCUGCGCGGAGCGCGGAGAAGGCGGCGGAGAAGGCGGCGGCGCGGCUGCGGGAGGCGGCGCAGCUUACGGAGCUGGAGCUGCAGCUUCCGGGCUUCCCCGAGGUGGAUGGCCACCUGGCAGCGGCGAAGAGUUCUUCCCCCGACGAGUCGCCGGAGGCCCUGGGUGAGCUGUUGCAAAGCUCUCGCCUGCUGCAGCGGCACUUGGACGCUCUCAAAGCCGCCCUCCAGGCCAGUCUCAAGGCUCUGCCUGUGCUGCUGAAAGCUCCAGGCCCGGCGCUCCGCGCCCGGCUCCGGCGCCUCUUGGACGGCGCCGCGGUGGCUGGCAGCGGCGCGGCCGCGCCGAGGAGGCGCCACGGGCUCUGCGAGGCCGCUUCGGCCACGGCCGACCCGGACGAGACCUUCUUCGACGCCUCGGGCGCGCCGAGCCGCGGGCGCUCCGCGGGCGCGUGGCUGCGGGCGCUGAGCGCCCAAAGCCGCGGUCGCGCGGUGGCGGUGCUGCCUGUGGGGAUGUCAGGCAGCGUGCCUUGCGCCAACGCGCGCGGGGUGCUUUAUGACCCUACCAGUUGCCUGGUGGAGCAAGGCUGGGGCGCCGUGUCCCUCCUAGUGGAGGGAGAGGAGGUGGCGCAAGCGCUGGAGCAAUUCCACGUGCCUGGGGUGUCAACGCAGUGGCCAAUACCUUGGCCUUUGGAGGUCGACUCAGUGGACCUGUUGUUCCUGCAUCCGAUGGCUGGGAACUGCCUGCUGCUGGAGCGCUUGCUACAAGGUGUCAAGAGCCGUCCCAAGUUGAUCUACGUGGGCAUCAACCCGUUGCUCCCGCCGCCGCUCAAAGCGGCGCCCGACUUCAUGGACCACUGGCGCCAGCAUCAGGAGCUCAGUCGGAUCGUCUUGGAAACAGAGGCGGAGGAGAUGGACGCUUGGGCGGUGAGGUCUAUGACAGGCCACGUGCUGGCGCAGUGCUCUCUCUCCCAGGCUUCUGAGUUGCUGCGGAGCGAAAGCUACGUGCUGCUGCAGGUGGAGCACCACUUCGCGGUUUUCGCCCACACGGACCAAUUGCCUGAGGCGCUGCUUUCCCGAUCCGAGUUCCAGGCGUGGCAGAGGGGCUGGUUUUGUUCCCCCCUUGCGCCGGUGCUGCUCAGCUUGGAGCAGCUGGCCGGGUUCGAUGAGACCUGGCUCUCCAUUGGCGCGCUGCCGGAAAAGGAGGCAGCCCAAGAGGCGGCCGCAGCGGCGUGCCGCUUCUUGCGUCUGCAGGGCCUUCGGCCCGCCGAGGCCAUGCCCUGCGAGGAUUUGCCGGAAAGCUCCAGGGUCUGGGAUCAGGCCUGGCAACAGCGCUUGCGGAUGCAGUGGGCGUUGCGGCCUGCAUCUUCUCCAGGCCUCGCCCUGCACCUCAGCACCUCAGGGCAUGGCUACUGCGGGGCGGAGUGCGAGUGCUUUGCGCCCUGGCGCGGUCCAUCCUGCGAUGUGCUGGAUGCUGGGAGCGCGAAGGCUGCUGCGCGGAGCUUCCAAGCGGCGGUGCACUACAUCGUGAACGAGGAUCCCGUGCAUCUAGCAGAGCUCAGGCAUUCGUUGCGCAACUUGUGGCAGAAUUACAACAGCCGCUUCGACUACCCUGUCCAGAUCUUUCAUGAUGGGUUGUCGGAGGAAACCCGGACUGGUCUAGUACAAGCCUCGCCGAAUCGGCUUUGGUUCCACCACUUACCGAAGGACUUCCUGCCCUCUGUGAAUCAGCUGCCCUCAGAGCUGGUUGUAGAGGAUGCAGAGAGACACGUGUCCCACCACACCUUCUCCGUGGGCUACCGCGCCCAGUGUCGUUUCCGGUCCGGGCCUUUGUUCGAGCACCCGGCCGUGGUGAACUUGGAUUACCUCAUGUCCUUGGACACAGAUAGCAUGCUGACGAGGGAGCUGGAGCGGGAUCCCAUCGAGGACAUGCACCGCAACAGCUCCUUGGUCUUAGGCUACGCCCACCUCACCAUCAGCUCUGGCGCAUACUCCCGAGGGCUUUGGGCUGCUACCCUUCACUACCUCGCCUACGAAGGAAUCAACCUCACGUCGGCACACUAUGACAAGAACCACUUCUUCAGCAGGUUCCUGACGCCCCACACCAAGCAUGAGGAUGCACAUUCGGUGGACCAGGAGAUGCUCUAUCACAACCUUGUGGUCAUGACGGACCUGGAGCUUCUCCGCGUGGCCUUCUUUAAGCCCGGCUCCGACUACUUCCGCUUCUACAGGUUCGUUGACGAGUUGGGCGGCUUUUGGCUCUACCGCUGGGGAGACCAUGCGGUGCGGGGCUUGGGCACUGCCAUUGCGCUCUUCCCUCACGAGGACUGGUCAUCUACGCCCAGACUCAUGGCCUACGACCUCAAGAUGCCCUAUGCCCAUCAGGCGGCGUGCUUCUGCCACGGCGCCAACUUAAAGUGCAAGGAGCAGGGCCAGGAGGCCGCGGGCGAAGUGCUGUGGCCCGCCAAGAAGAAGGUGUGGCGCUGCGUGGCCAACAACACCGCCUGAGCGGCAUGAUUUCGGGCGUAGCUCCCGCGGGGCGAUCCGCGGCAUUGAUCCAGAUCUCCGAGACUCCGAGCGAGUUCGAGCGAGGCAGGCGGGGCAGAAGGCGAUCUUCGGGGCGAGCGAGGAAUGGCGCGAGCAAAAGGGUGCGAGGGGGCUGGUUGGUGCGGGCAAAGGGGUGCAAUGGGAGGACAUGGGGAAGGACAUCCGCGGAAGGUGCCAUGGCGAUCCUGGCGGAUUUGUUUGGACUGCAUGGUGCCGCUGCGGCCCUCCGAGUCGCAUGUGUGUGCAACCCGGAGACUUGAAGGAGCUUGAAGGACUGGAGAAGAAGGACGACUACAAAGAUGACGACCA